AUGAAGUUCUCCCAUAUCAUCAACUACAUCAUCGAUCGUCACGUACCAAAACGCUCAGCAGCCACUGACCUACGUGCUCCCUGGGUCACGACAGAGUUGCUACAAAUGAAAGCAAUCAAGAACAAAGCCCUCCGCUACUACUUGAGGAACAAGUCUCUCCACGCCAAAAACCAAUAUCGCAAACUUAACGCGGCUUAUAAAAAAGUAUGCACGCGUUGUUACCAGGGCUACCUUAUCCGGAUUCAGCGUGGCUUUAAAACUAGACCCAAAUCGUUUUGGCAGUACAUUAAGGUCCAACGGAAAGAAUCGGGCCUACCGUCCUACAUGUUUUUGGAAGACAAGUCGGCAACCUCGGACCUUGAUAUCUGUAACCUCUCCGCUGACAAAUUCCGUAGUACUUUUGAUUCUGGUUCAAUAUCCACGGACCAGUUGACUAUUGCGGCUAGUAACGUUCCACGUCAGUGCACUUCCUUUCAUCACAUCGUAAUCGAUGAAGAUACCAUCUUGAAGGCGACUGCUAAGCUGAAAUCCAGUGUUUCUGCAGGUCCGGAUGGCAUUCCAGCGACUUUCCUAAAACAAUAUUUAUCACAUAUGCUGACUUCUAUAAAAAGAAUCUUCCAAGCAUCGCUCACGGAAUCCACGUUCCCUUCCAUUUGGAAAGAGGCUUAUAUGUUCCACGUCCACAAAAAAGGUGACAGAAAGAACGUUAAAAAUUAUCGCGGUAUUUCUGCCCGCUCUACUACAACAAACAUAUUGCCGUUCACAUCUUUCGUGCAAGACAGCUUUGCCAAAGGAUCUCAAACCGACGUAAUCUACACCGACCUGACCGCAGCUUUCGACAAGGUAAACCACAAAAUAGCCAUAGCCAAACUAGAUCGUAUCGGUAUUUGCGGCUCUUUACUGGAAUAG